CCGUCGGUGAUCCAACGGCGGAGGUUGAAACCCUAGCCUGAGCUGGGGCAUAUAUGGCUCCCCUUCGUCCAAUGAGAAGCCCCUCUCUGCGAUUGGUCUCUCAAAUCGCUCUCCCCACUCUCCUUCUCUCUGCUCAGCUCGUCUCCGAGUAGAUUCGCUAUCUUAAGAAUUCAAUAUGGGUAAGGAGAAGGUUCACAUCAACAUUGUGGUCAUCGGCCACGUCGACUCUGGUAAGUCGACCACCACGGGCCACUUGAUCUACAAGCUUGGAGGUAUUGACAAGCGUGUGAUUGAGAGGUUCGAGAAGGAAGCUGCUGAGAUGAACAAGAGGUCCUUCAAGUACGCAUGGGUGCUUGACAAGCUGAAGGCCGAGCGCGAGCGCGGUAUCACCAUUGAUAUUGCGCUGUGGAAGUUCGAGACCACCAAGUACUACUGCACCGUCAUCGAUGCUCCUGGACACCGCGACUUCAUCAAGAACAUGAUUACUGGAACCUCGCAGGCUGACUGUGCUGUGCUUAUCAUUGACUCCACCACUGGUGGUUUUGAGGCUGGUAUCUCCAAGGACGGUCAGACCCGUGAGCACGCACUCCUUGCCUUCACUCUUGGUGUGAAGCAGAUGAUCUGUUGCUGCAACAAGAUGGACGCCACCACCCCUAAGUACUCGAAGGCCAGGUAUGACGAAAUUGUGAAGGAAGUCUCUUCAUACCUCAAGAAGGUGGGUUACAACCCCGACAAGAUUCCCUUCGUGCCCAUCUCUGGGUUUGAGGGUGACAACAUGAUUGAGAGGUCCACCAACCUCGACUGGUACAAGGGCCCCACCCUUCUCGAGGCCUUGGACCAGAUCAACGAGCCCAAGAGGCCUUCAGACAAGCCCCUCCGUCUCCCACUUCAGGACGUGUACAAGAUUGGCGGUAUUGGAACUGUCCCUGUGGGUCGUGUGGAGACUGGUGUCCUCAAGCCUGGUAUGGUGGUGACCUUUGGUCCCUCUGGGUUGACCACUGAAGUUAAGUCGGUUGAGAUGCACCACGAGGCUCUCCAGGAAGCUCUUCCUGGGGACAAUGUGGGCUUCAAUGUGAAGAACGUUGCAGUCAAGGAUCUGAAGCGUGGUUUUGUUGCCUCGAACUCCAAGGACGAUCCUGCUAAGGAGGCUGCUAACUUCACCUCCCAGGUCAUCAUCAUGAACCAUCCGGGACAGAUUGGCAAUGGGUAUGCCCCGGUGCUCGACUGCCACACCUCCCACAUUGCCGUGAAGUUCGCCGAGCUGUUGACCAAGAUUGACAGGCGGUCCGGCAAGGAGCUCGAGAAGGAGCCCAAGUUCUUGAAGAACGGUGAUGCUGGUAUGAUUAAGAUGAUUCCCACCAAGCCCAUGGUGGUGGAGACCUUCUCAGCGUACCCACCUCUGGGGCGUUUCGCCGUGAGGGACAUGAGGCAGACGGUGGCAGUCGGUGUCAUCAAGAGCGUGGAGAAGAAGGACCCAUCUGGUGCCAAGGUCACCAAGUCGGCAGCCAAGAAGGGUGGCAAGUAAGGUGCUCUUCGGACUAUUUGAAGCAGAGAGAUGGGGGUUUUUGUCGUUAUGGAAGUGUGUUUAUUUAAAGUUAUUGUGGCAAGGACCUUGAGUUUUUGGUUUUGAAAUGACGGGUGCGCUUUUGCUUUGCUGUGUUAAGAAGUGGGGAGAGCGUCAUUUUCUUAGCAUUAGUGUGCCAUUUUUCCAUUUAGAUUUUACUUGUUUUGAUUUAAUUAUUGUAUACUCGUGAAUUUGGAGCUCCUUUUGCCUUUUUAAUUUCAGUAUAAUGAUUUUGGUUCGCUGGCUA